UUUAUGUGUUUUCUUAUCUCUCCUCUCUUCGUUUCAUAAUAUUUUUAAAAUGUCACGAUUUUAAUUUCAAUACAAGAUUAAAUGUCACGUUUCUCAGUUAUUUCGCCUCUCUCUUAAAAAAGCGUGCUAAAAAGCAAAAAUAGCCCCUCCCAAAAGUAAAUAUCCGUUGAUUGGAUUCCCUCCCCUCGUAUCUAACUUAACUCCCGUUCUUGUUGGUUUCACUUCCAGUUUCAGUUCUGUCUUAAAAACCCCUCCUUUUCUCUUUCUUUAACCAGACAUGGCGGAUAGUUACUGGAGAUAUGCCGGCGACUCACGGCAGCAGCCGCCGCAGUCCAUGUCUUCUCUCACCGGAAAACGCCCUCGCAUCGAUUACGAUAUCCCAAGCGGCCGUGACUUAUCCAGUUAUUAUUCCCGUGAUGAUGAUAGAGGGGCUCUUCAUGUAAUCAGAGAUUCAGACUCCAUCGGAGCAUCUUAUGACCGUUACUUGCGUAGUGGGACAGUUUCAUCUUAUGGUGGGGGACAGUCUGCUAGAGCCAUGAGUGGGGUGCCUAGUCAUCCUGUUGAUGACACACGCAUGGUGAGUAUGGGGCCCAUGGACCCUGGGGCUAGUGUAAAAGACAGGUCAUUGCGCAUGGGAAGUGGAAGAUCUGAGGUUUCCCUUCCUCCUGAUGCUAGCAGCACACUGUUUGUGGAGGGCUUGCCUUCUGACUGUACACGACGGGAAGUUUCCCAUAUCUUUCGCCCUUUUGUUGGCUACAAAGAAGUGAGACUUGUAAGCAAGGAAUCAAGACAUCCUGGGGGAGAUCCACUAGUACUCUGUUUUGUUGACUUUUUGAGUCCCGCACAUGCUGCCACUGCCAUGGAUGCAUUACAAGGUGAACUUAACAUGCUCUACAUUUUUUCCCCUUUAGGGAGUUUUAGUCUCAUGUAUCAGUUUGCAGGCCCAUUGUAUCUGUUACUAUCUAAUGUUUCCUUUUCGAUGCUAGUUUUUAACUUUUUAUAUAAUUGCACCAAUGCCUUUGGCACUUCCUUUUAGUUUCUUUUGUGGGUUGGGGUGGGUUCUCAGCUGUGUGGCAUUAAAGAUUUUUUAGUGAUUUGAGCCAGCUUUGGAAUAGUUGAGUGGUGGUAAGUGGAUUAGCGAGGCGUGUUCUUGAAAAUUUGGGCAGUUGAUUGAUCAUAUUGAUGGAUUGAUCAAAUCGUCAUGACAUUUUUGACACUUAUAUACUGCAAGGACAACUUUAAACCUACUCGAGUUAUCAUCGACUAUUGAUGGAUUUCAA